CACAUCUGUAAAACAUAAAUACAUCUUUUUUCUUCCUCCUUUCAGAAAGAAAGCUGACCAAUCCGCUGGGUCUGAAAGGCAAAUGGUUGUUGUAUUAUCAUCUUUAAAUAACUGCUACUCUCGCGUGAUCUUGCAAUCCUUGCUUGAAAAGAUCGAGCUGCUCCACAGACGCUCUGCUCGUGAAACGCGUCCUAUGGAAAUUGACGGCAAGCGUCUCAAGUGCGUUGAAGCGUCGGCAUAGCUCACGCGCCGUAAACGUGCCUGGUGUGUUACCAGGGUAGUUGCGCCCCUGGUUGUGGGUUGUCACCGAACUUUUUUUUUCUCAUGAACUGAAAGGAAAGGCACGAAAGACAAAGCCACUAGUUCGUUCACUUUAAAGUUUGCUAAGAAUUUGCUCCUUUAGCCCACUGUUUUACGCAUUUUCAUCCUGUGCAAUAGCAGAACCAAGAAUGCUCACAAUUACAUCUUGUGACCACCAAAACGUCUUUUAGCAUGAAACCCGAAUUAUAUUUUGCCUAAGACUGAAUUUCCUAUGCUCGUGUACAAGCAUGCAUGCAGAACUCGAAGAAUAUUGAGUUUUUAUAGAAGAAUACAGUGGGGCAAAUAAGUAUUUAGUCAACCACUAAUUGUAAAUAAACAAUAAUAAACAAUACUUCAUUUGAAACAAUACUUCCUGAUCUUCAACUGCUCAUAACUGAAAAACGGAAAAAACCUAUUUUCAUGAUGAAUUUAAGGAAGGAAUUAAUGAUGCCUUGUUGUGAUUUAGUGGCCUCAUUAGGCCUAUCUUUGGGGGGGUUCAGCCCCUCCAAAAAUUCUUAAGCCCCCCGAAAAAAUUUGGUGUCUAAAGUGGUGUAACGGUACACAAAAAUCUCAGUUCGGUACGUACCUCAGUUUUGAGGUCACGGUUCGGUACAUUUUCGGUACAGUAAGAAAACAAAAUGCAAAAUAUAAAUAUGCUAGUUGUUUAUUACACACUUUUGGGCUUUCAACAAUAGGAACAUUAGCCUAUACAAAGCUAGAAUUCUGCUCAAAAAUAGGAAAUACAAUAUUCUGAAAUGUAGACAUUUUGAAAAACAAAAAUAUUGGCUAAGACUUUUUCUUUUAAAAAAUAUCUGAUGUGCAAAAUUGAACAGUUGCAACACUGAUCAGUUUGGAGUUUCUCAUAUUAACUUUAUGACCACAACCUCGAAAAGUAAGGGUUAGGUAAGGGCUGUCAAACAAUUAAAAUUUUUAAUUGAGUUAAUCGCAGCUUAAAAAUUAAUUAAUCCUAAUUAAUCGCAAUUCAAACCAUCUCUAAAACAUGCCAUAUUUUUCUCUAAAUUAUUUUUGGAAUGGAAAGAUAAGACACAAGACUCGCCAGCCCACACUGCAUCUUACAAGUCCUUGAGUAAGGAGAUCCUCCAGUUCGAAAUAUUCCAUGGAUCCGGUUGACUAAUCAAAAGAAUCACUGCUGCCAUUAGCCAAUGAAAGAGCAGACAAAAUGUUAUUAUCAGUAGACAUUACAUAGCUUAAACAAUGUUCCCAUCGUGACAAUUUUCUCAUUUGUUGCAGGCUAGACUACUGCGAGAUGACAGAUAAUGGAUGCAAUUCAUUGGCCGAGACUCUCAAGUUAAACCCUUCCCAUCUUCAAGAGCUGUACGUGUCAGGCUAUCAAAUAGGAGAAGGGAAAAGGGUCUUAUUGGACAUCAAGGAGGAUCUGAACCAUUGCUUGAAGAUUGUCAUCUUUUAAUAGUACAGCUAAGAACAACGUUUGAUCCCUGGCAUCAAGAUUGGAGAGUCAUUCCAAAUGUUCAUUAUUAAAAGACACUGCAUCCCUUUGGUUUCCUUCAGAUUUUGUUCAGUCCCACAUACUCAGAACUGUCAGACAACCCCUAGACAAGGUGUCACCGCUAUGGCAAAGCGGUCUCGCUCACCAAAUUCGAGGAGAGUCAUCCACAGGUAGGCUUGCCACCCAUCCCUUGAAAUACGGAAUCGUUCCGUAAUUAGGAAUUAAAAGUUGUGUUUAUUCCGUAUUUCACAACUGUCCCGUGGGGCAACUCCACGUGACCCGCGGCUCCGGCAGUGGGGAGUGGCGGGCGGCGGUGCGCCCAGCCCAUGCAGGUCUGUCACACACAAACACACACCUGCGCUCACGAGCGACCACUGAGCCAACAAUAAUGAACAAAAAGGGCAGGAAAUAUUAAAGACAGCAAGAUACUGUAGUUAUCUGCCUGACCGCUGCUGUCUGCCCUGCACUCCACUUCCGGGUUCAUUGCCUAGUUACCUCGCUAGCUCUGCUCAGUGCACCGCCCCGCACGUUUUCAAAACUAAGAUGUCAUCCUCAAAAGGGGAAACGUCUCCAAAAAAUAAACUGGAGUUAGAAGAGGGUAUCCCGUAGCUCGAUAGUCACUGAUGGUGAUUAUAAAGCAAACCGCAAGGCAGGCAGGAAAUUCUUUGCAGUGUCUCACAGAGGUGUAAAACAGCAUGCUGCAGGGAACCUGCACAAACGGAAUAUAAGAUCCCAGAAGAGCCUUCGUCACAAUUCUUUGUACCUGAAACAUCCCCUGAGCUUGAUUUGGUAUGUUAUUAUGCUAUUGUAUAUGGAUAACAUAUAGGCUAUAUUUAUAUUUACCUUCAUAAAUCUUGCAUUGAUAGGAACAUAGCUAGGCUAUUUCAGUUGCUACUAUGGUUGAUUAUUUUCAGGAAUGUUGAUUUUUUUGUUGUUGUUGUUUUUUGUUUUGUUUUUUGAAACAUGCAUUUAUUAUCAAUCAAUAUGGAAUGAAUUUAUGUACCCAUAAAGAACAUCUUAUUUUGUUACGCUAACUAAUGCUCCUCAUUUGGAAUUAUUCUAAUAGAUUUACAGCAAAUAAACACUGAAUAAAUAGUCCUACUGCGAAUAUAUACAAUUGAUUGAUUAAUAGUGAAUUUGACAUAAUCCCACUCCUACCCUUUAAAUUACUGCAGCUGAGGUGGCACAGGUAAACCACACAGUAAAACGUAGCCAGCCAGAGCUACAAUAGUGCUGACUGUAGACACAGGCGCAAUCAGAACAUUUUAAUGUGAUUCCAAAAUGGUGAAGAAAAUGAUUUUGGGGUGAACAAGGCACUGUUGAAACAAGUCCUGGGUCCAAAGGCAGUGGGUGAUGUGCUCAAGAUUUUAACGUCACCCAUCCCAUUCUCCAUACAGACCGAUGCCUCGAAUAAAUUGAGCAGGAAGAUGUUUCCCCUUGCUGUCCAGUACUUCAGUCCAGAGUCUGAGCUAACCAACAAAAUGCUGGACUUCAUAGAGAAUGCAGACGACUCAGCUGCUGGAAUUGUAGCUCUCCUGGAACAUUCCCAUAAGAAAUUUGGUUUGUCAAUGGAUCACGUGACCGGAUUCAGUGCCGACAACACAAAUGUUAAUUACGAUAUUCACAACUUUGUUUUCACUAACCCGCAGAAAAAAAAAAAAACAAUCUGCUGCAAGGAAACUGCCAUGCCCACAGAGUGCACAAUACAGUUUUUUCAUCUAAAAAUAGAUACAUUUCUAUGCAUUUUAGGAGUUUUGGGGAUGCUCCCUUUUUUUCGCCUGUAAGGCUUUGGGCGCGAGUGGGGCGUCCCUUAUUUCUAUUUCUGAAAGGUGGCAACCCUAUCCACAGGCGGGUUAUUUGCAGCGACGCUGCUGCAAGGAGUUGGAGUUCAAGGGAAAGAUCUAUAAUGCUUCCACCAAACUGCUGGCUAUUGGAACCGGGCCGCUCUGGGCUCGUAUAGUGCUGACGUUAUGGACUCCCUAGGUGCUAGCUAGCUAGCUGUUCUGAAGGAGAGCCGGACACUCCUGAUGCACAGUAUCCUCCUAAUCCCGGCAAAAGGUAUGGAAUCGGCAGUCUCGUUGGAUGUUUCCUCAGAUGUUUUAAACACAAUCAUGUGGCUCUAUUCAUUUUUCUGACGUGAAUUAAAAUGCUUGUCACUAGUACACGUCCAACCCGCUGUUUACCAGCAUGUGCGUUUUUUUCAUGGAUGACUAGAAAGCACUCCCAACUGAGUACAGACCCACACUAUGGAAACUCUUCGUAGACGACAUUCUGAAAAAGGAAAAAAAUGGACAUAGACAAAGACUCACAGACCACCUCAACACCAUAGACACCACUGGCAGCAUCAAAUUCAUCCAAGAAGAGAGAACAGAUCAAUCCAUAGCUUUUUUGGACAUACUGUAAAAAAUCCACAAUGACAACAGAGACAUCAAAAUGAAAGUACACAGGAAACCCACACUCACUGACCAAUACCUCCUAUGGACAUCUGAACACCCCACUAGCCACAAGCUGUCAGUAGUCAGAACAUUACGCAUGACAAAAAUCACAGAUCCAGAUGAGAGAACACAGAAGAAUAGCACAUACAACACUCGCUGAAAAGGUGUCAGUAUCCACAGUGGGCAUAAGCAAAAGGUGCAGGAGCGUUUAAAACAACACAACAUAGGGGGACAAACAAAACAAACACUUGGUGACGUUGCCGUAUGUGAGAGGAGUCAUGGAACGUAUCCAAAGAGACAUGAAAAAAUACAACGUAAACACACCGGUCAAAUCACACACAACACUUUGCUAGAUAUUGGUCCAUCCAAAGGACUUGGUGGACUUGAUCAACUUGUCAAGAGUCACGAAUCUGCUUUGGACAAGGUGAUGAUGCUGGAAAUUUUUUUUGGUGCUGUUCCAGUGAGAUUUACAAAGUUGAACUAAUUAAUUAUUUUUUUCAAGGUUUUUAUCUGAGUUUGUUGUACAUUAUAAAAUGUCUGAGUGAGUGCUCGUCCGAGACUGGUGAUUCCAUACUUUUUGCUAGGGGUUGUAUAAUGUUGGUUGUAGGUCUGUUGAUUGUAUGAGUUUUCAAAUCAUAAUUUCAAAAAAUGUAGGCCGAUAUGAAUUUAAAUUAGCAAUAACUAAGAAUCAAAAUGAGGGAAAUAAAUGCUUACAUUUUGCCAUAAGGAUAUUAUUGUGGUUAAAUGCAUGAUGUUAAGACACACCCAGCAUGCCCCGUCGACGACAACGAGCACUGAGACAAGUUGUCUCUCAAGCGCACUGGGAGAGACGACGCGACAAGGCCUAGGUACCCCAUUGAUGCUUACUAUUAUACAGGCAGGAAGAAUGGCUCUGGACAGUGAGCGGAAGGAGCUGCUGUUGAAAACGCUGUUGGAGCUGGGGAAAGACGACUUUGAGUCCUUCAAGUUCUACACGGACCUGCCUCAAAGCGUACGUGAAAACCCCAGCCGGGUGUACAUUGCUGACGAGUUGAUGAAGAAGCACGGGAAGAACGCUCUGGAGGAGACCAUCAAGAUUCUGGAGAAGAUCAGUAACAAGAACUUGGCCGAGAUGUUGCGUCGCAACAUGCUGGAAAUAAAAGGUGCCGUCUUCUCCGUUCAUGAUGAUGAUGAUCAGAUUUCCAGAUUGAAGGCUGACCUGCAAGGCAACCUGCGGUGUUUGUACAGUUUUGUCCCAGAGGGCAAUACCGAGCGCUGGAAGCAGCAGCCUUUGGCAGACAUCUACACGGAGCUGGAGGUCAGCUACGGGGCCGACGUCCGCCCCGACGAGCAGCACGAAAUCCUUCAGAUGGAGACGUGCGCAACGGCCAAAGAGUCUAUCCUGCCAUGCGACAUCUUCAAAAGCCCCGAUGGGAAGCAUCGACCGAUACGCUCGCUGCUCACUGUCGGCUUCGCGGGAAUCGGAAAAACCUUCCUGGUUCAAAAGUUUGUGUGUGACUGGGCCAGCGGGAAUACCAAUCAGGAUGUGCACUUCAUAUUUCCCUUCACCUUCCGGGAAUUGAACGCAGACAAAGGGAAAAGCUUUACGCUGGCCGAGCUAAUCCGACGCUACGUCUGUGAGAGCAGGCACAUGAGCGAGGAGACGCUGAACAAAAUAUUUGCCGACCUGCAGACAUCUGGAAAGCGGGACUACGAAAGCAGCGGGAUCAAGAUCUUGUUUGUCCUAGAUGGACUGGAUGAGUGCAACUUCAAAAUGGACUUGAAGAACGACACCAAAGUGGACACGGACGUGACGGAGGCCUACCCGCUGGAGGUGCUCCUGGCGCACCUCCUGAAGAGGAAUCUGCUACCCUGCGCCCGGGUUUGGAUCACUACGCGUCCCGCGACGGCCCACGAUAUCCCCUCCGAGCUCAUCGACAGCAGAACAGAAGUGAGAGGGUUCAGCGAUUCCCGAAGGCUGGAGUACUUUAGAAAAAGGUUCCCAAAUGAGGAUCACAUCAUGAAACACAUCCAGAAAUCUCGCACCAUCUUCAUCAUGUGCCACCUGCCCAUUUUCUGCUGGCUCACCGCCACAGUUCUUCAGGAUCAUUUGGACAGAGGGAAGGCGGAAAAGCUUCCGACAACCCUGACAGACAUGUACUCAGAGUAUGCGUUCAACCAACUGAAAAGGUCAGAGGAGAGACAGACGACAGAGUAUGUCUGUGUGCUAAAAGCGCUUGCAAAGCUGGCCUUUCACCACACCAUGAAUAAGCGUCAGAUCUUCUACGAGAAGGACCUGGUGGACAGCGGCUUUGAUUACGGCCAAGCUGCUAAACACUGCGGUUUGUUCACCGAGGUGUUUAAAGAGGUCCGUCCGCUUAGAAAAAACCAACAGGGCAAGAUGUUUCAGUUCGUUCAUCUGACCAUCCAGGAGUACCUGGCUGCACUGCACGUAAUGAUGAGCCUCUUCCACGAGAACAAGAACGUACUGGAUGAUUCAGAAUGGUCGCUGAAGAAAAUUGUCAGACUUUUUAAGCAGAAGACAAUCACUCAGGUACACAAGUCAGCUCUCCAGAAAGCCUCGGAGAGUGAAGGAAAUCUGGACCUGUUCCUCCGCUUCCUCUUUGGCCUUUCCUUGCCGUGCUACCAGGAACUAGUGGGGGAAGUGCUGAAGCUUCCUCCGGACUGCGUGCAAAGCAAGUCCAAGACAGUCGAGUUGAUCAAGGAAAGGAUAAAACAGAACUCUCCAGAGAAGAACGUCAACUUAUUCUACUGCCUAAAUGAGCUGAAGGACGACUCUUUGCUUAAGCACAUCCAGCAGGAACUAAAUUCAGUACGUCAGCACUGGCGCGACAUGCCAAAUGACAUGUGGUCGGCCCUGGCCUUCUUCUUACUGACAGACGACGAAACCAUGAAGUCCUUUCACCUGGGGAACUACGCCCCAUCACCUUUGGGGCUGGAGAAGUUGUUGGUGGUGGUCAAAGCUUCUCAAAUGUCAAUUCUAAGUAAAUGUAACUUGGACAAAGGCAGCUGCCAUCUACUGGCUUCCGUUCUCAGCUCUCCAUCCAACCUGAGGCAUCUGGACCUGUACUUCAAUGAUCUAUCGGACGAGGGGGUCGAGAUCCUCUCGAAUGGACUGUCUAGUCCACACUGCAUCUUACAGGUCCUCAAUCUGGAACACUGCGGGAUCACGAAGCGAGGAUGCGUUUCAUUGGCCGAGGCUCUCAAGUUAAACCCCUCCCAUCUUCAAGAGCUGGACUUGAGCUCCAAUGAUCUCUCAGACAGGGGGGUCGAGAUCCACUCGAAAGGACUGGCCUUUCCACACUGCAUCUUACAGGUCCUCAAUCUAAGUGAAUGUCGCCUGGACAAAGGGAGCUGUCACCUGCUGGCUUCCGUUCUCAGCUCUCCAUCCAACCUGACGCAUCUGGACCUGAGCGAUAACAAACUGUCGGACGAAGGGGUGGAGAUCCUGUCGAAAGGACUGGCCAGUCCGCACUGCAUAUUACAGGUCCUCAAUCUGGAACACUGCGGGAUCACGAUGCGAGGAUGCGUUUCAUUGGCCGAAGCUCUCAAACUAAACCCCUUCCGUCUCCAAGAGCUGGACCUGAGCACCAACAAUCUGACUGACGAGGGGGUCAAACACCUCUCGGAAGGACUGGCCAGCCCAUACUGCAACUUGAAACGCCUUGGGCUGUACGACUGUAGGAUUACCAAUAAAGGAUGCAUUUCAUUGGCCGAGGCUCUCAAGUUAAACCCCUCCCAUCUUCAAGAGCUGUACCUGAGGCUCAAUAAAAUAGGAGAAGAAGGAAAGAAGGUCUUAUCGGACGUCCAAGAAGAUCCCAGCUAUGGCUUGAAGACUGUCUACUUUAGCUCGUGGCGCUAAGGACGUCUGAUCCCUGGCGUCAAGAAGGGCGUCUCAUUCCAAAUGUUCAUUGCUGAGCCCAUUUUGUUCCGUCCCACGUUCUGUCCAAUGAGUUCAAUAAGUACCCUAUAUAGAGUUAACCUAUGUUUUUCGCAAAUUUUUAAAAAUGUCACAUGUACACUUGAAAUUGUUUUGUUCAUGUUGACAUCAAUGUUUUAGACGUGAUUAAUCAACAACAAUCCACAAAAAUAAAUACACUGGAAACAUUUCAUUUUGUUUUUUUUAACACUUAAAGCUACACUUGACUUUUCAGUUUUGGUCGAUUUUAGCAACGCAGAUGGACAAAAGCGGAAGUUUUUUGCCUUAAGGAAGACUGCGUUCCCCAUGAGGACCAGUGACAGCGUGGGAACUCCGCAUCUUGCCUGAUCGACACUGAAUAACACGGCGUGGCCCAUUUUGCAUUAAAAUGCCUCCGAAAAAAGUCCCGUCAAUGGAUGAAAUGGAGGAGA